AUGUCUAAGAUCAAGGUUUGGAACCUGAACAACCUCAGUGAGGUUCAUGGAAGGCGGUUCCUGCUCCAGCCCGACUCCCUCGAGCUCUACUUCCAUGGUCGGCGAUCCAUCCUUCUCUCGUUCCCUCCCCCCGCCGGGGAGAAGGCAGAGAGCGUCGUGUCGCAGGUCUACAAGCGGCUGGUCAGCACGUGCGGCUCCUCCCUCAAGAUCCACUUCCUCUUCCACCCCGGCAAGCAUGUGGCGCGUGCGAAGCUGACGGACGACUGGGUGAAUCGAAAGAUCUCCAACUUCGAGUACCUAAUGCACCUCAACUACUUUUCUGGGAGGUCCUACAACGACCUCACACAGUACCCCGUCAUGCCCUGGAUCUUGGCUGACUACUCCUCCGCCUCCGUCGACCUCACCAACCCCAAGUCCUUUCGUGACCUGUCGAGACCCAUCGGAGUUCAGACUCAAGGGCGGGAGGAGUACUUCAAGGAGAGGUACGCGGGUUGGCACGAUGACGAGAUUCCCCCGUUCCACUACGGGUCUCAUUACAGCAACCCCGGUUUCGUCCUGUGGUUUCUGGUCCGCCUGGAGCCCUACGCCUCCUCUUCCCUGCACCUGCAAGGCGGGCACUUCGACUACCCUGACCGUCUUUUCUGGAGUGUCGCAGAUGCCUGGCUGGGCUGCACGACCUCGAGCAACGACGUCAAGGAGUUGAUUCCAGAGUUCUUCUAUCUCCCCGACUUCCUGCUCAACCGCAACAAGUUCGAACUGGGAUCGACACAGAACGGCUCUCGAAUUGACGACGUUGUUCUCCCGCCCUGGGCAAACGAAUCAGCUGCAGAGUUCAUCAGCAUCAACAGGCAGGCGCUGGAGAGCGAGUACGUCUCCAGCCACCUGCACCAUUGGAUUGACUUGAUCUUCGGCUACAAACAGCAGGGCCAGCCUGCAGUGGACGCCACCAACGUCUUCUACUACCUCACCUACGAGGACAAGGUCGACAUGUCCAGCAUCGCCGACCCGCACAAGCUCAACGCUACCACCUCUCAGAUCGCCAACUUCGGUCAGACCCCCCGCCAGCUGUUCUCCAGCCCCCAUCCGAAGAGA